AACAGGCGCCGGGUUGGACGAUCCAAACGACAGUUGAAGGCCCUGCGUGAAGCGAGAGACCUGCGAGCGAAUUAGCGUGGCGAGGGGCGACGACGGGGCGCUAUGGCGUGGAGGGAAGGGAAGAAAGACUAUCUAGCUACACUGAACACCAAAGCUACAAAAAAAGGAAAAGAUUUCUCUCAAUGAAAUUGCAUGCACUAGGAUUUACUUGCACAUUAUUCCCAAGUUUUAUGAAGACUAAGUACCUGGUUGGUGAAGAGCUGAAUGUGCAAAGGAGAAAUUUCAUACUGCGACUUGGAUUGCUGCCAUCACUGUGACAUCCUGAUCCCCCGGCAUCAUGUACUGUCUCCAGUGGUUACUGCCCGUCCUCCUCAUUCCCAAGCCCCUCAACCCAGCCUUGUGGUUCAGUCACUCAAUGUUCAUGGGCUUCUACCUUCUGAGUUUCUUGUUGGAGCGGAAACCUUGCACAAUCUGUGCCUUGGUCUUCUUGGCUGCUCUGUUUCUCAUCUGCUACAGCUGCUGGGGGAAUUGUUUCUUAUACCACUGCUCUGGUUCCCAACUGCCGGACUCUGCUCAUGAUCCCAAUGUAGUUGGCACCUAAAAUCUUCUACUUGGUUGCACUUUUUUUUUUCCUUUUAAAAGGGCGGUGUCAUGGGAAGGAGGGAAUAUAAGGCAUGUGAUUGGAGUACAUGUUUCGGUUAAAAUGUUUCAUUCAUGAUUAUCCGCACUUCCACAAUUUUCCUGUACAAUUUGACAAAAGUUGUUAUUAGUAAUAGCUGGCAAUGCUGUCUGUUCGAGGGUUUGAAGCAGAGCUGCUAAUGGGUGCCAUCCCUUCCUUCGGUAUUAUCGUUUGAGUUUGGUCCUUCCAUUUCCAAUUUGGAGGUGAAGAGACCUGUUGAGUGUUGUCUAACGUCAAAUGAGAAGGUAGCCAUCCAUCCUUUGGAACAUGAAUGUCAGAUCUUUGUUGAAACAGUUGCAACGCUGUUUUUCCAUCUUGAGUUCGGUAGAAAGCUAGUCCUUCUCACGGUAUUCAUCUGAAGGGGAACUAUCAAGUGGUUGAUAAGCCUGACAGCACCUGGAGCCAGAAGCUGCUUAUUAUCUCAGCAGGCCAUCCUGGAACAUGUAUACUGCCCGUUUCCCAAACUACUUCAUCUAUGUCACAGCUCAAAAAUUCCAAAAUCAUCACGAUGCCAUUUUUAAUGCACAAAUGCCGAAGCUUGUCUCUCUUUCUCUCUUUCUUUCUUUCUCUCUUUCUUUCUUUCUCUCUUUCUCUCUCUCUCUCUCUCUCCCUCCCUCCC